GCGUCACGUCGCUCGUCGGAAGUGUGUCGCAUCCCAGAAUCCUUGGAGGAGGAGUGCGUUCUCGGGGUGUGCUGGUAGUUUAGUGUGGAACAUUUACGCAACUUGGUGGUGUUCUUUGCAGGGAAGCGUGCGCGUUUGUGCUUGGCCAGCUGCGGCCUCGCGCCGCAAAUCUGGUCUUUUUCUAUUGGGGAAAGAUUUCGCUCAAGGCGGGCUGCGCAGCGCCCCUACCCUGCCUAACCAUGUUGGUGCUGUUUGAAACGUCCGUGGGCUACGCCAUCUUUAAGGUUUUGAAUGAGAAGAAACUUCAAGAGGUUGAUAGUUUGUGGAAAGAAUUUGAAACUCCAGAAAAAGCAAAUAAAAUAGUUAAGCUAAAACAUUUUGAGAAAUUUCAGGAUACAGCAGAAGCAUUGGCAGCAUUCACAGCCCUGAUGGAGGGCAAAAUCAACAAGCAACUGAAGAAAGUUCUGAAGAAAAUAGUAAAAGAAGCCCAUGAACCCUUGGCUGUAGCUGAUGCUAAACUAGGAGGGGUCAUAAAGGAAAAGCUGAAUCUCAGUUGCAUCCAUAGUCCUGUUGUCAAUGAACUCAUGAGAGGAAUUCGUUCACAGAUGGAUGGAUUAAUCCCUGGUGUAGAACCACGUGAAAUGACAGCUAUGUGUCUUGGAUUGGCCCACAGCUUGUCCCGUUACAGAUUGAAAUUUAGUGCUGACAAAGUGGACACAAUGAUUGUCCAGGCAAUUUCCUUGUUGGAUGACUUAGAUAAAGAGCUAAACAACUACAUUAUGCGGUGUAGAGAAUGGUAUGGCUGGCAUUUUCCUGAAUUAGGAAAAAUUAUUUCAGAUAACUUGACAUACUGCAAGUGUUUGCAGAAAGUUGGCGAUAGGAAGAAUUAUGCCUCGGCUCAACUUUCUGAAUUACUGCCAGAGGAAGUUGAAGCGGAAGUGAAAGCAGCUGCAGAGAUAUCUAUGGGAACAGAGGUUUCGGAAGAAGAUAUUUGCAACAUUCUGCAUCUCUGCACUCAGGUGAUUGAAAUCUCAGAAUAUAGAACCCAGCUCUAUGAAUACCUACAAAACCGAAUGAUGGCCAUUGCACCCAAUGUUACCGUCAUGGUUGGGGAAUUGGUUGGAGCACGACUUAUUGCUCAUGCAGGUUCUCUCUUGAAUUUGGCCAAACAUGCAGCUUCUACAGUUCAGAUUCUUGGAGCAGAAAAGGCCCUUUUCAGAGCUCUGAAGUCUAGACGAGAUACCCCUAAGUAUGGUCUCAUUUAUCAUGCUUCACUUGUAGGCCAGACAAGUCCCAAACACAAAGGAAAGAUUUCUCGAAUGUUGGCAGCCAAAACUGUUUUGGCUAUCCGGUAUGAUGCUUUUGGUGAAGAUUCCAGUUCUGCAAUGGGAGUUGAGAACAGAGCCAAAUUAGAGGCCAGGUUGAGGGCCUUGGAAGAUAGAGGGAUAAGGAAAAUAAGUGGAACAGGAAAAGCAUUAGCAAAAGCAGAAAAGUACGAACAUAAAAGUGAGGUGAAGACUUAUGAUCCUUCUGGUGACUCCACACUGCCAGCCUUUUCUAAAAAACGCAAGAUAGAACAGGUGGAUCAACAGGAUGAAGUAAUUGAAAAGAAGGCCAAAAAAUCUAAGGUUAAAGUUAAAGUUGAAGAAGUAGUAGUAGAAGAAGAAGAAGAAGAAGAAGAAGAAGCAGCAGCAGCAGCAGAAGCAGUGCUAGUGGUGGAAGAGCAGGAGAUAUCUGUGAAGAAGAAGAAGAAAAAGGACAAGAAGAAACACAUUAAGGAAGAACCACUUUCUGAGGAAGAACCAUGCACCAGCACAGCAAUUCCUAGUCCAGAGAAAAAGAAGAAAAAGAAAAAAAAGAAAAAUAAUGAGGACUAAUGGAAAGGAAUCAUAAUUGAAUAACCUGGAUACAUCGUGCUUAGGAUUCAGUCAGGAAUAUACCACAGAUGCUUUCUAAAAUAAGCAAGGAUGAACAAAGAUUGGAUGAAACAGGGAUUAUUCAUCUAUAGCUUUUCAAACCUGUUUGUGUCCUGACAUCAGCUCUGUUAACUUUAUUAAUGUCAUUAUUUCUUAGUCUUUGUUAUAUAAAUAAAAAUAUUUUCUUUGUAUUUUAAGGCAGUUCUGUGAUCUCUGUUUUAUUCAAUUGUAUCUGAAUUACUGUUUUGAUUAUUGUAUCUGAAAAUAGAGUUGUGAAUCAUUAAUUUGAAACUUACCCUUUGGUAAGGCAGGGACUAGACGGACCAAUUUAAGAAUCUCUAAUAUGUUUCUGUUGUCCCUUUAGACUUUUUUUUCCCUUUUCUCCUCUCUUUCUCCCUCUUUAUUUAAAUAAAGCUGUGUUUUGUGUUCAAAUUUUUAAAAUUAAGUGAGCAGACAUUUUGGGCAUCUCUUUUAUUUUUUUUUAUUUUUUUAUUUUUUAAAAUAUUUUAUUUAUAUAUUUUUAGAGAGGGAAGGGGAGGGGGGAGAGAGAGAGAGACAUCAAUGUGCGGUUGCUGGGGGUUAUGGCCUGCAACCCAGGAAUGUACCCUGGCUGGGAAUCGAACCUGGGACACUUUGGUUCCCAGCCCGCACUCAAUCCACUGAGCUACGCCAGCCAGGGCUGGGCAUCUCUUUAGAAAGAAUAAAAUUGUGUCCCUAGUUUUAUUCACUUGGUUUGCAGUUUCAAAAAGUACAACAAAAAAGUUAUUACUAAUCUAGACCCUGAUUUGUUUCUAAAGUAAUCCAAUACAAACUCAUUUUAUAGUAAAGAAUGGGGGCGAAAGGGGAAAACAAAUUGUACAAAAAAAUAAAGUGUCAGUAGACAGGUAUAAACCAGCACAUAGAGCACCAAAAGAAAUCUUUAUUUCUAAAAGAUAGUGUUUAAUAUGUUAACAGCAGCCUGAUUGACUGCCAUAUAGUCAUGACAGUCACAACUUUCAUAGGCCUGUUAUGUCUUGCAUUUCUAUUUAGGCCAGGAGCAACGAUGCUCCUGAUCGUGCUGAUACCCAGUUCAGUAAAAGCAUUCAGGGGUUUGAGGUAGUUAGAAUGGUUAUAACUUGAGUUCCAUUUGUGCUUUUAAUGUAACUCUGGGCAAGUGAACAGCCCCUCUUCGCUUUUCUUAUUUGUAAGUCAGAAAUAAUGGUCAACUUUACCUCUCAUAACUGGUUUGUAGAAAAUAAGAUGGUGCAAAUUUCAGAGAUGUAAGUACAUUUCAAAUCGAGAUAUUUUGAUUGACGUAAAUGCAUGAAAUACAUGUAGCCAUUUGUGGACAAAAUUUUAAAAUAUAAAGCUGGUUCUAUUUCCCUCCAGACAAUGUUGUUAUUUUGCCUCACCCAGACACUUUAUUGAUUUGGGGACUUAACAAAUUUUUAUUUUCAACAACUUUUACACAAAAGUGCCCCGUAGACUGCACUGCUUUAGUGCAUAGUCAGAGCUUUAUAUCUGAAACAAGAUACACUUGGAGAAUACUAAACUCCUAGUCAAUUUGAGUGGUCUCCUACAGGCCUGGGGAAAACUUAAGUUGAAUCACAAAGCUAUCAGCUUUCUUAAAUGGUAAAGUCUGAACUGUUUAAAUUGUUAACCAAAAGGUGAGUUAGGUUCUUUGUGCUAAAAAUGAAGUACUUGUAGAGCCUUGGGAACUUGGUCUGAAAUGGGAAGCUGGGGUGAAUUUUAUAUACCUAAUUUUGGUUAGUAAA